AUGUCUGUUAUCUUUAUGUUCUUGAACGAGACGGCACGACGAGAAGCGUUUGCUGAUCGCGCGAGCUUUUGCAGAUGGUCCGAUCCCGCAAGACACGCAUACGAGAGCGCCGUCGAGACCUUGCGGAACGAGCUGACGCCCGACGAAUACCAGACCAUCUGGCUGCGCAGCCAAACCUCCAUGCAAGACGCCCAAGAUGCCGUGACGAACGCCUUGAAGGAGUACCAGGCCAAGACAAAGGGCUCCAGAGUACGGACAUGGCUCGCCAGCUGCUCUUCCCGUGUCAUGUACUAUGGAGAGUACGUCUCGCUGGCGUGGGGCACACUCAAGUUUCUCUUCAUCGCUGUGAUAAACCACGAAGAACUCCUCGUCGAAAUAUCCAAGACGGUCUCGAGAAUCGCCGAUGUGCUGCCUCGGACCGAGCUGCACUCCGUACUCUACCCUACCCAGCGUAUGCAAGAUGCCGUCUCCCAGCUGUACGCCAAGAUCAUAGAGUUCAUCAUGAUGGCCGUCAAGUGGUACAAAAAGGGCAAGCUGGCGCACUCCUUGACAGCAAUCACCAAGCCAUUCAACCUUGGCUUCAAACCCAUCAUCGAGGACAUCACCGAGCGGUCGCGACGUAUAGAUGAACUGGCCAGCGCGGCCUCCAAAGCAGAGCUCCGAGACCUCCAUAUCAGCAUACACGGCCUCAACAAAACCAUUGUGCAGUUGACCGAGAUGUCUCUUCUCGGGCUCAAGGAAGAGCACAGACAGAUGUUCACAAAUGGUCAACUCGAAGGAAUCCGAACGUCUGUACUGCUUAAGGAUACACCGGCAGCGGAAGACAGCCUGGCCUGGUGCAGGUCCAUGAGAAACCGCCGUAGACAGAAAGCCCCAACGCAGCUCCCGGUAUCGGAGCUUUCGAAACUGAAGCACUGGGUGUCGGAUCCCUCGUCAUCUCUGCUCCUUGCAGAGGGCCAAGGCGUGAGGACGAGUUCGCUCGACUUUGCGGCAGACUUCCUCGACACCGUCACUGAGCAGGGCUACCCCGUCCUCUGGGCUCUGCCGUCGACUGUCGGCGGCGCCGGCGAGGAGAACACCGGCGGCGCUUCUGUCCAGGGAAUUCUCAGGUCGUUGAUAUCCCAGGCACUGAGCCUGAACCCGGCCGUGUUGAGCGAGGGGGCGAACCCGUUGACCGCAAAGCAUUUCAAAACCGCCGCGAGCAUACAGCAGUGGUUCAAGCUGUUGGAGCGCUGCGUUUCGAGCUUCGCGCGGCUUUUCAUCGUCAUAGACAUCAGAGCCAUCCAGGCCGCUGUAGAGCACGAGGAGUCGGAGACGCAGCAUUUCACGACCAGUGACUUUGUGGAGCGUGUCUCGCAGCUGGUCGCGCAGAGAAGCCACGGGGGUCUCAAGAUUGUCAUCGUGUCGUGGAGAUUCAACAUGGCUACCUCCAUGGACCCCGACGAAGUGUUUAGGGGCAUGCAGAUUUCCACCGACAGAGGCCGGAAAGUGGAAAGGCUGAUGAAGCAACCGAAGUUCCGGGCCCUGUUCAGGAGGAGACACCACAUGUUCAGCGAGAGAUUCAAGUCUUCUGUCAAUGUAGCACCAGUAGAGUAA